AGGAGAAGAGCAACUUCAUAAUCCAGCGAUUUAUCCAUUUAUUUAUCGCUUUGGCCUUCCUGAAGAAGGGGGAAAAAAAAAAACAAUUCGAAGAAGAGGAAGAAGUAAGAAGAAGCAUGUCUAAGAAGGGAGGAGCUGCGCUUCAAAAAGAUGUUCCAUGGAGGGCCUCAUCCUCCAAACCCCUUCCCAAAAUUCAUCACUCUCCUGUUCUCCGAGUCUCUCAAACCCCUUAUUCCACUUACGCCCUCUCCGUCAUGAAGCACCCCAACCCAGUCGGAACUGGUUUGGCAACCGAAGCCGUGGUGGAAGCCGCCGGUCCUGAUUGUAUUGUCCCUGGCCAGAUUACUCCCAUUCGCCUACUUGGUGUUAAGGUUUGGCCUAUAGAUGUUGACCUCAAAUUUAUGGAACCUGUUGGACGAGAACUUAAAUUGCUUGGAAAGUUUAUGGAUGAUGCAGUCAACCUCAUGAACAAAUCAUUUAUUGAUCGCUAGUCGAUUGGGAUUUUCCGUUUCCUGCACGCAAAUACAAUUUUGGGACUUUCAAGAUCAUCACAACCCUGGGAAACAGAGUGAUUAUAAAUAAGAUCUCCAGUUAUGGUGUCUACUUGUGCUCAUUUUAGUUCUAAUAAUAAUUUCAAAGUUGGUGAAUGAGAGUCUAUAUGGCGUUGAUGAGGAGAGGAUUUUGUCUUCAGUGUUAUUUUUUAUUCUAUGGUUCAUAAUACUGUUUUCUUCCUUGUUAAAGUUUGUUUCAUGGAAUAUUUGGCAGUUAUAUUUCAAUAGAGUUGAUUCUUGUCUUGAAGGAUUA